CUUUCCCACCACAACAGGAAGCAAUCACCAGAAGCAACAUAGCAAGAGGAACAUCGCAUCGAUCGAGUUGGUGCCAGUGUGCUCCUGCCUCAAGUGAGUCGAGUUGAGUCGAGUCCAUCCUAGCUACUAAUAGUAGACUGGUGAGGCAGUAUGUCGUAUGACUACAAUGCGCUGGUGACCAAUCUGGCAGCCAUUCGAUCCAAACUCAGCAAAGCAUCAGUUGACGAUGACACUAAUCAAAAGUACGUGGAGCUCUUGCAAGAAUCCAUUCAACUCUUUGACGAAUUGAGUGGCCAUUGUCCCAUGACACCGUUGUUAUGGAUGCAGUAUGCACAUGAUAUGGGACAGUUGAUGCGUUCCUUGAAUAGUAAAGAAGCUCAUCAGACGCGACUGCAAACAUUGGAAUUGGGAUUGAAUGAAUUUCCGGGAUCGGCCGUGCUGCAGUUGCAUUACUGCGAAUUGCUCGUGUCGACGUUGAAUGAUUCUGAUACUGUGGACGAUGACACACUCACAACGGUACAACAAGCACUGCAAAGCGCCCUUGCACAAGUGGGAUCGGGUUCUCACGCCAACGAAGGUGAGAUUGUGGCCCAACUGUAUCGCGUCCAAGCACAGUUUUGUCUGAAACAUGUGGGACGCGAUGCGGCAUUGGCCAGUCUCUUGCAACGCGCCCGCACACCCCUGGGAACUGCCAAUGAAGGACUCCUUCCCGAAAUUAAAGACUUUUUGGCCAAGCACAAGACGGCCUUACCCGAUCAAGCAUUCGAAGCUGCUGUCGACGACGCCCGACGCUGGGAAAGCAAAGCCUUCUCGCGGCUGCGGCCCUGUGAAGAAGAAGUCACCACGGCCAUGCAUCAAGAACAAAUUUUAGUGCAAAAUACUGUCGACUUUGUACCGGACGACAAUGAUGAUGAUGAUCUGUAUGUGACGACACGACAAUCCUUUGUCGACGCGGUGCUGCUCCCACCGAACGAACAACCGCGCUUUUGGAUGGGACUUGGAGGAGCCCUCACGGCCAAAGCAUUUCUCCAAUAUGUAGCGGCAUGCCGCAAGUUUCGGUUUCCCAAAGAGGAGGAGGAGGAGGAUGGAGAUCCCAAACAAGUGGAUCCCAAUAACAACCACAAAAAACAACAACAACAAUUGAUUCUGGCCGUCCUGGAACGCGCCAUUGCCGAAUGUCCCACGGUAGAAUCCCUCUGGUUGGCAUACCUCAAACACUUGACGUGGCUUUGGGUGAAUGAUCCCUCCCAUGCGCCGUCUCCCAUGGCAUUCAAGGCUGUUGCCAAUCGCGCCAUUCGAAAUUGUCCCUUUAGUCUGGCAGUGGCGCAACAGCAGUUGCAUGUAUGCUUAUUAUUGUCGAACAGCAAUAGCAAGGAUCACGAUGCCCUACUACUCGAUCCCGAUGAAUUAUUGCAAAUGGUAAACAAAGCGCUCAAUACCAAGUUCUUGCCGUUACCGGCACAAGCCCUCGAUCUCUUUGUGACGGCCAUUCGUGUCAUGCAACGACGAAUACUCACCUUGAUGGCUACUACGGUCGUUGGAUUGGAGAUUCCUACGGCUGCUCACAAGAAAAAGAAGCAAAAAAACGCUCUUGUCGUUCUGCCGUUUGACACGGCCGAACUAGUACCCAACAACAAGAACAAACAGAAUGCCACCGAUCCUCCUGCUGCUGCUGCCGUAAAGAAAUUGGACGACGAAUCCUGGCAAGAAGUACAAGAUUUGUGCGAAGAAAUCCGAGACAUGUUUGACGCCGCCGCGGCAAGACUUCAAAAGGAUCACGCGUCCUGGACUCAUGGGAGAGCCAUCCUCCAGCACCAACGGAGUCUCGUCGAACAACACGUGCUGGUUCCUCUUCUCCAAAACAACAACAAUAAUAAUACUGAUUCCAGCAACGACAAUGGGGACUCCAAGAACAACCACAAGGAUGUUCUAGCUCAUUUCGAAAAAGUCAUUCGACUGCACAAUCCACCUCAUCCAGAUUCCUACAGAGCAUUGAUACAAUACGUCCUGCAGCAUGGUUCUUCCACCAACAACAAUAAGUCUCCAGGCGACGUGGUAUCGCGUUUGCGACAAGUGAGGGGAUUGUAUCAAAAGGCCGUGCAGUCCGUGGGGGCACCCAAGCCAUCCCGGGCCGUCACGUCGGGGAUGCGAGAGUACGAAACGGCGCUCGCGGCGCUUUGUCACGACUAUCAAGAGUUUGAACGAAUCUUUGGAUCGGAACCAAGUCUGGCCAACGCCACGCGGAUGAUGCACAAAAAGUUGCAAAAGGCGGCAGGUGGUGGCCGACACCAAUCUGAAAAAGAGAAGAGUUCCACCAAAGAACAAGAAGAGGCAAUGGAUAUUGAUCAGCACGCAGCCGAGCCCAAGCGCAAACGAAACGAGUCCAAUGCCAGCGAGAGCCAGGAUCCGCCAACCAAGAAACAAAAGAAAGAGGCAAAUGAGACGACAGCAGCAGCAGCAGCAGCAACAACAACAACCGACAAACCAGCUGGACCAGCCAAUCAACCAAAGAAACACCACAAGGUGAAAAUUGGUCAUAUCUUUCAUCGGGCGCACCCGUUCACGGUGCGAAUAUCCAACUUGGCAGACGAAACAGAAGAAAUGGAUAUGAUUGAAUUUUUCAAAAACGAGCACAAAUGCGGUGCCGUGGUACACUGUCGAGUGCAACGUGAAAAGCAAUUGAACGCCAAAGGGGGCAAGCCAGGGGCAUCCAAGGGCUGGGGACUGCUGCAAUUCGAAGAAAGGGAAUCGGUAGAACAAUGCUUGGCAUUGGAUCAACAAGUGGUGCUAAACGACAAAACGCUGCGAAUAGAACGCUCUCAUGUUCCAGCGGUCGGGCUGGUCCCUCCCGGUAUGCAUCGUCCCAAGCAUUCCUCCUCCAAGCCAAAAUCUACAACUGACCAAGCUGGCGAGGACAAAGGCACCAAGCCGAGCAACAGUGAACAACGGACGAAACCUCCUGCACCCAAGAAGGAGACAAAGGGCAGCAGUUCCGUUACUGUUCUUGCGUUUCGUCCUCGUGGCGUGGGGAAAAAGCAGAAUGGACCAAAGCGUUCCAAGCCCAAAGUCAAACUCGCAAUGCCCUCGGACAAAUCCAAUGAACCUGACACGAAGUAAGCAGCUGCCAGAGCGGCUGCUACCCCGAUUACCUCCAAACUGGGGUGGUUCUGACGGUCAGGUACUAAUGCAUCUGGCCACACUCGAUUCUAGGGGGGGCAGUCGUACUAUAGUUUUCCCACAAGUAUAAACACCUCUUCUUCCAUACUGCUUUCAGGGUAGGUGCUAGCUAGCCGGUCCGAUGCCUGCCGUGGUCCAUUCUUCAACAGGCCAAACUAUCUCUAAUAAAGUAAGUUCUCUCCUGUA